AUGUAAUAAGAUGAUAAAAAAAUUGAUUUCAUUCCUGUCCCAAAAAAAAAUCAAAUUAUAGUUCCAUAUGAUUGCAAAAUGCAAAAAUACGAUCUCACGGAUAAUGAUAUCAAAAUACUGUUCAAGUAUUUCAAAGAAUUAGCAAUAUUGAAACAAAUGCGCAAGGAUCUCUCCCAAUCUAAGAGUUUGAACCCUUACAAAAGCUCCUUCAAAAAAAUUGCCUUGAAAAUUCUAUUACAAGUCUUGAGUUUCUUGAUUCUUCUGCUCUUCAUCUAUUUAUGGAUUGGCUUGUUUAUCGUGGUUUUGGCAGACCCCAUCAUUAUGACUCUCUAUAGUUAUUUGGUGCUGUACUUGAUUUGGUACAAGGGAAUAAGGCUUGGGAUUGAAAUGAUGUUGGAUUAUGGAAAACUAAUGCCCUUACAAAAAUAUCUAAAAUCAAUGAAUAAGAAAUAUUUCGGUAGCAACGGAAUUCAAUGGCAUGUCGGAGGAGGAGGAAAAUGGAUCCAAAUAGAUUACUUAACAUACUUGAAAAAAUGA